AGCGGUGAUGGGACUAUUGUGUAGCAAUACACAUUUUGAAUAUUGUCAUGUUGCCGCCAGUAAGUCUGAAGUUGGUAUGCCUGCGAGCACCGCCUUGUGCGAAGGGAUGCCCGGAAAGUCCCCGGAGCGGCUUAGGGUCCGCCAUGGUCCAGGCCGGCAGUCGCGGUCGAGCCGAGGUGCAGUUAUCCACGUACAAAACAUCCUUUUUGGUGCAUCGGCCGGUUCGAACUUUGCAUUCUUUUUAUUUCUCUGUGCGCUACUUUGUUUAUUUUAUACCAUGCUGUGGAUUUCGGCCGUGACUCAAGAUUUUUCUUUCUCGCCGCUUUUAGGCAUAUUUUAACUUUCCUUUCCUUUUUGUAUAUUUUAUUUCUAAUUUGGUUUCCCUUUUUCUUUCUCGGGUUGUUGUAAUGUAAUUUUUUGUGUUGUUUACUGAGACCACGUGUUUUGGAGGUUAGUUACUUCUCCGUGUGAGUUACUUUUUCUUUUUCAGCAGUGAUAUUUCUCUUGAAGUGAAGUGUAUUUUGCGUGUGAUUUUGUUUCUUGUGCCGUGGAAUUGUGGAAUAUUUGUCUGUUUUUUCGGUCGUGUUACUUGACCACGUGUUUACUUUUCGAGCGUGUCUACUUAGUUUCCAAGUUUCACUAUGGCUCUUGCUUUGCCUCCGUCUCUUCAGCCAACGCUUUUGCCGUUUGAUCAGGAUUAUGUGGAAGAAUGGUUGAAUAAUGUUGAAGAAAUUUAUACUAAAUUUGGCGUCGAUCGUAAUGAUAUUCCAGUGUACAUCGCGUCUAAGUUACCAGAGUGCGCGUUGCCUUGCCAUGCAGAAAAUAAAAACAAAGGUUGGAAUGCCUAUGUUGCUGCUUUUAAAUUAGCGUUUGAUGUUGAACCAUGCUAUGAUUCUACUAGAGAACGUGUGUUGAACAUGAAACGAGGAGAAGAUGAGUCUCUCCGUAGCUUUGCUUUUCGAGUCCAGCACGCCGUGCGUCACUACAAAUCUGUGUUUCCCGAGCGUGAAAUUUGUUUAUUACUAUUGCAAUUAAUGUCCCGUGAACAUGCCGCGAUCAUGGCACGCCAUCCUUGCUCUUCUAUUUUAGAUUUUGUUAAAACUUUUGAGACUGUUAUGCAUCAGAAAGCUCUUGUGGAAAAGUCCUUGCCUCGCGCAGCCUCUGCUGCCGGCGCUAAUCCUGGGGUUCCCGCCCUGGGCGCACCCAGUGGCCGCAGCGCCAGUCCCGCGGAAAUUCCCGCGCGCGCCGCGUCCGACCCCUUCCCAGUUUGCAGUGUACCCUGCGUCCCCCGAUCCAUAUGUUCGUGGGCAUGGAUUUGA